CAUCCUCUCAACAUUUCCAUGACUUUCCGUAUAAAAUCCACGCAGAAUCUAUCGUCUCAUGCAUCAAGAUUCUCGACACCAUAUUCCAUAAUUCCCAAAAUACCCUUACCCUCGGCGUCUCCACUCUCCAGGCCUCCGACCAGCUCUCAGAAAACCAGGCAAGCCAAAAGGCUUGGUUUCCAGCUUUCAUGGCGUCCAUGGCCGCUCUCUUGGUCAAAGCAUCAAGCCCAUUUUACUCAUUCCCCAAAAUGCAGAAUGCCCGGUUUGAUAUCGAGCCAAAGCUCUCAGUCUCUACUCUACAUUUCCGAAAGGAAAAGAAGAAUAGCCAGAAGCUUCGCGUCUUCUGCGGUUUGAUUGAACCAGACGGAGGAAGGCUUGUUCAACUCUUUGCCAAGGAGUCUCAGAGAAAUGAGAGGAGGAAAGAAGCGCUGUCGAUGCCGAGGGUUGUGCUGUCUCGUAUCGAUCUUCAAUGGGUUCAUGUUCUCAGCGAGGGGUGGGCAAGUCCACUUCGUGGAUUCAUGAGAGAAUCCGAGUUCCUCCAAACCCUUCAUUUCAAUUCGCUCCGACUGGACGACGGGUCCGUCGUCAACAUGUCCGUGCCCAUUGUGCUGGCCAUUAAUGACGAACAGAAGCAUCGGAUCGGUGGGUCAAGCCAGGUCGCUCUCGUCGACUCAGGCAAUAACCCGGUUGCAAUUUUAAGCAAUAUUGAGAUCUACAAGCACCCCAAAGAGGAGCGAAUAGCCAGAACCUGGGGAACCACUGCCCCUGGACUACCAUAUGUCAAUGAAACUAUAACUAAUGCUGGAAACUGGCUCAUUGGAGGUGACUUGGAGGUUAUAGAGCCAAUCAAGUACAAUGAUGGUCUCGAUAGGUUUCGCCUAUCUCCGGCAGAACUCCGCAAGGAAUUUAUAAAACGUGAUGCUGAUGCAGUGUUUGCUUUCCAACUCAGAAACCCUGUACACAAUGGCCAUGCUCUGCUCAUGACUGACACCCACCGACGGCUUCUGGAAAUGGGAUACAAAAAUCCUGUUCUUUUGCUACACCCAUUGGGUGGGUACACAAAGGCAGAUGAUGUACCUCUUAGUUGGAGAAUGAAGCAGCAUGAGAAGGUGCUUGAAGAUGGUGUUCUUGAUCCAGAGACAACGGUGGUUGCAAUUUUCCCAUCUCCCAUGCAUUAUGCUGGCCCAACUGAAGUGCAAUGGCAUGCAAAGGCCCGCAUAAAUGCUGGAGCCAAUUUUUAUAUUGUGGGUCGAGAUCCAGCGGGCAUGGGACACCCUGUUGAGAAAAGAGACCUCUAUGAUGCUGAUCAUGGAAAGAAGGUACUGAGUAUGGCUCCUGGACUUGAGCGGCUCAACAUCCUUCCAUUCAAGGUAGCUGCCUAUGAUAAAACUCAGAGGAAAAUGGCUUUCUUUGAUCCAUCAAGGCCACAAGAUUUCCUUUUCAUAUCUGGCACUAAGAUGCGAACACUUGCAAAGAACAGAGAGAACCCACCGGAUGGCUUCAUGUGCCCUGGUGGAUGGAAAGUCUUGGUGGAAUACUAUGACAGUUUGGUUUCAUCUGAUAAUAGAAAACUCCCUCAAUCUGUCCCAGCUUAACCAUUUGCACUCUCAUGUACUGUCAUCUGUUUGCGAAAACCCUAAAACUUAUUUACUUCCUGUGCAGUUUGUUCAAAGUYUCAUGCUUGUAAGAUUAUCUCUGUUCAGAUUUCACAUAAAGCAUCCAAGGCACUGGCACAGAGAGAGACAUUACAUAAAGCUAGCCUUGGUCUGUAAAUAGUAUGCAGUCCUUUCCACACCUUGAAGUGACACAAGUAAGCAUUCUAUAGUAUAUUGCUUCUCUGCWAUUUUGAAGGACAAAAUCAGUAGAGUGCCUUCAAAUCAUUGUGGCCUGUAGAUGUCAACUGUAUUUUUGCCCUACAGCAAUUUUUGAAGGAUCUCACGUAUUGCUAUUUUGUUGGUCCAAACAACCUUCUUAGUCAAUGAAAAUAAAGAACUAUAAACCUAUGGGGUUGUUUGGAUAAACUUUUGAUCGGCAUGAAAUGCAAAAUGCAUUACCAACUUGGAAAACGAAUGUAAUGGAGUUCCCCCUUUCUUCAAUUUAUUUUUCUGAAUUGGAAUAUACAAAAUUUCACUCUGCUUUGUAAA